AUGGGCGCGCCCGUCGUCGAGCUCGACCCCCCACAGGGCCCCUCCCAGGCCGUCAAGGACCUCUUCUCCGGCGCCAUGGGCGGCGUCGCGCAGGUCCUCAUCGGCCAGCCCUUUGACAUUGUCAAGGUGCGCCUGCAGACCACGUCGCAGUACGCCGGCGCCCUCGACGCCGCCAAGUCCAUCUACCGCAACGAGGGCGGCCUCGCCUUCUACAAGGGCACCCUGACGCCUCUCAUCGGCAUCGGCGCCUGCGUCUCGGUCCAGUUCGCCGCCUUCCACUCGGCCCGCCGCUGGUUCGAGGAACGCAACGGCACGCUCCCCGGCCAGCGCCUCGCCUACUCGCAGUACUACGCCGCCGGCGCCUUUGCCGGCGUCGCCAACACGGUCCUCUCCAGCCCCAUCGAGCACAUCCGCAUCCGCCUGCAGAGCCAGCCGCACGGCGCGGGCCGCCUGUACUCGGGCCCCGUCGACUGCGUGCGCAAGCUCGUCGCGCACCAGGGCGUCCUUGGCGGCCUCUACCGCGGCACGUCCGUCACACUCAUGCGCGAGGCGACGGCGUACGGCGCGUGGUUCACGGCGUUUGAGUGGAUGAUGAACAGCGACGCGCGCCGCACGGGCGUCGACCGCAAGGACGUCCCCGGCUGGAAGAUUGCCAUGUACGGCGGCCUCGCGGGCGAGUUCCUCUGGCUCGCGUCGUACCCCUUUGACGUCAUCAAGAGCAAGAUGCAGACGGACGGCUUCGGCGCCGGCCAGAAAUACAGCUCCAUGCGCGCCUGCUUCGCGGCGACGUGGAGGGCCGACGGCCUCGGCGGCUUCUGGAAGGGCAUCGGCCCGACCCUGCUGCGCGCCAUGCCCGUCAGCGCGGGGACGUUUGCGGUGGUGGAGAUGACGAUGCGCGCGCUGGGCUAG